AUGCCUCUUUCUGCCGGCGAAAUUGAACGCGCAGAGCGGCUGCUUAAGCGUACAAUCGCUAAACGCGAUAUGUUAGUGUCACAAGUCCAAUUGUUAUGUGAUUUGGCGCAUAAAGUUGGAACAGAUAAGGAGGUCCUCCCGUUGUUUCGAGCUAGGAAAAAAGACAUUGGUGGUUUGCGCACUCAAUGUUCGCUUGAGCAAGACUCUAUUCUCGAUAUUUUAAUUCAACUCCAACGCGAGGAAGAGUAUAACUCAGUUCAUGUACCUAUUGGGAACAAGCUGUCGGAAAACUAUUAUCUGAUUAUGGCGAUUUCUGACGACGUUCUCGUCGAACCUUCUGUGCGUUCAGAACCAACCGGUGUUAAUACCGCGCGCAUGCAGUCGCGCAUACAAUUACCAAAAAUAGAAUUACCUUCAUUUGAUGGUUCGAUAUUAGAAUGGCGAUCUUUCCGUGACAUAUACAUAUCUCUCGUACACAAUAAUGAGAGCAUUGAUGACGCGGAACGUUUCCAUUAUUUAAUUUCGCGUUUGUCUGGUUCUGCGUUGUCAGUUAUUAAAUCCGUGCCCCUCACUGCGGCAAAUUAUGCCAUUGCGUGGGGAGCGCAGUCGGAUCGUUUCGACAAUAAGCGAUUAUUAGCAUCGGCACAUCUGGACAAACUGUUCGCUUUUAAGCCGAUAGUUCAAGAAUCGUUACCCGCGCUAAUGGAAUUUGUAAACACUUUCAAAGAAAAUGUAUCCAUUAUCAAAUCCAUCGGCGUCGAUGAUCUGGCCGGGUUUUUACUAUUUCAUAUGGGAUCGCGUGUGCUCGAUCCAACCACACUACGCCUAUUCGAGUCUAGUAUAUCUCAAUCGACAAUUCCCGAAUUUGGUGAACUAUUGGACUUUGUUCAACAGCGUUGUAAGAUUUUAGAAAAUCUUAAGCUGAGCAAUAAAAUCGAGAAUAAAAUUGAUCACGUCGAUAAAUGGCGCGAAAAGGCGCCCAUUCGUGGGAAAUCAACCACUUCAACAAAAUCCGUCCUUGCUGUGACUACGUCUUCGCCAAACAAGUCCUCGAUUAAAUUCGUUUCGAGAAACUGUGUGUUUUGUGAUCACGCCGAUCACAACAUAUAUCAAUGCCCGAAAUUUAACGAGUUAUCUGUCGAAAAACGCCGCGAUAUUGUUGUUAAGCAAAAAUUAUGUUUCGCAUGCCUCAAUCCGACACAUAUGGUUAAGGACUGCUCGUCAAAAGGUGCCUGUCGUUCGUGUAGCAGUAAACAACAUCAUUCGUUACUACAUCUUACUUCUUACAAAUCAUCGACUACGGAGACCCCGUCAACAUCGGAAAACGGAAAUUCUACUUCAUUUGUGGGUGCAGCUCGUACUAAUUCUACUGUUGUACUAGGCACCGCCGUCGUUCACAUUAAGGAUGCAUGGGGGCAAACUCAUGCAGUUCGUGCACUUUUAGACAGUGGCUCUCAACUUUCAGCCAUAACAAACAAUUGCUCAGCUCGACUUGGGUUACCCCGAAAUCGUUUCCAGUCCAACAUUGUUGGACUCGGUCAAAGCCCUGUAACUCAAAUUCAAGGUGUCACUAAAUGUCAAUUCACUUCACAUUUUGAUUCAAAAUACGUGUUUCCCACAGUAGAUUUGGUUGUUUUACCACACAUUACGGCGGCCAUGCCGUCCGCACAUUUGCCCUCUAACGUACGUCAUCGGUAUCGACAUCUUUUACUUGCUGAUAAGCACUUCGACGUCCCAGCGCGAAUCGAUGUUCUCUUUGGGGCGGAUGUCUUUCCUAACCUCAUUCGUUCACAGGCUGGCGUUGAACAUUUUGCAGGCUUUCCAUCAGCUCUGGACACCAAAAUUGGUUGGAUAAUCUUUGGAUCCCUUUCUACAUCAAAUACCACGCCGUUAGUCGCUCUUACAACCGCUGUCGAUCAGUCGAUCGAUGAUCAACUGUCACGUUUUUGGGAAAUCGAAGAACCUGCCGCCUCUGUAUCACCCACCACUGAAGACCAAUGGUGUGAAACGUUUUUUAAAAAUUCUACGUCACGUGAUUCGUCAGGCCGAUUUUGCGUCGCCUUACCGUUUCACGAUUUGUUUACCAAUUCUGUCCAGUUUCAAACUUCGUCACCUCACGGCCUUGGUGAGUCUCGGUCCGUCGCGUUAAAGCGUUUUCACAACCUGGAAAGAAGGUUGGCGAAGGACGUGGAGUUGUAUGCCGCUUAUCGGCAGUUUAUGUCCACAUAUUUAAAGUUAGGUCACAUGGUGUUAGCUCCCGAACCCGGCAAAUAUUUUAUACCUCAUCACGCCGUACUCAAGACGGACUGUGACAUGUCAAAAAUACGAGUGGUUUUCGAUGCCUCGUCUGUUUCUUCGUCUGGUCGUUCCUUAAACGACGUUCUAUGCACUGGUCCCAAACUACAGGUGGACUUACGUGACAUUUUACUGCGUAGUCGGUUGCACAGAUUCAUUUUGACCGCCGACAUUGUUAAAAUAUACCGGCAAAUUUUAAUCCGUUCCGAAGAUCGCGUCUUUCAACAUAUAUUUUGGCGCGAUUCACCCAGUGAUAAUCUUCAGGAAUACCAGUUAUGUACCAUUACAUAUGGCCUUAAUUGCGCUCCAUAUCUGGCCAUUCGUUGCUUACACGAACUUGAUGAGCAGGACGGUCAUCUCUUCCCCUUGGCAAAAGGUGUUCUCAAUCGAUCAACUUAUGUUGACGACAUAGUUGUCGGUGCCGACACGGAGGAGCAACUUCUACGUCGAAAAGAGGCAAUCGUCAGUUUGCUCCACAACGGGGCUUGUGAACUGAGCAAAUGGACCAGUAAUAGUGCUCUCGUCUUAGGGUCCAUCAGUCCUGACCAUCGUGCGAAUUCCGUAUCAUUUGACCCACGGGACGAACAUUCGGUGAAAGUUCUUGGGUUACAUUGGGACACCACUAAUGACAAUUUCGCCUACCAUACCAGCAUCCCUCAAGCCUCGUCUACCAAACGGCAAGUUCUGUCAAUCAUUGCACGUUUGUUCGACCCCAUCGGCGCUUUGGGCCCGUUGCUAUUGUGGGCAAAGUACUUUAUGCAAUCACUGUGGGCUGUCUUCGACUUAAUUCUUCCUCGUCAUUUUCCGGUGACAUCUCAGCAAGACAUUCAAUUGUUGGGUUUUGCAGAUGCUUCUACUAAAGGUUAUGCAGCGACCAUUUACCUACGAAUUGUCAAUGCAGAUGGAGAUGUGUCUGUCAAAUUGGUCACUUGCAAAACUAAAGUUGCCCCUCUUAGGAUCACGACUACCACCGAAGCGUUGUCCAUACCGCGUUUGGAGUUAUGUGGUGCGUUACUACUGGCACAGACGCUUCAACACACCCACUACGUCCUUUCGUCUGAAAUAUCCUUAUCUCGCAUCCGAGCGUGGUCAGAUUCAUCUAUUGUGUUGUCGUGGCUGACAUCAGAUCAGAAAUAUUUCAAGAUCUUUAUUACCAAUAGAGUCGCGAAAAUCCACCGGCUUAUACCUGAUUGUGAAUGGAAUCAUGUAUCGACAACUGACAAUCCGGCGGAUCCUGCCUCUCGCGGCCUUUUGCCACGAGCGACCGUGGCAUCAAGAAUCUACUGGGACGGUCCCGAUUUUUUACAGCUUCCGGAAGAACAGUGGCCAAAGUCUAAACUCUCUCCACUAAGUCCGGAUCAGUUGCCCGAAACUAGACCUAAUAUCACCACAAUGUUAACCGUGAAUGUUCAAUCACCAUCGCUCACGGCCUUGAUAGUAAUAACUGAUUUAUUUAAUGAAACAAGUGAUCAAAAAGAACGAAUGUAUAUUUCAUUAGGAAUAGAUAUAAACCAAACUAAUACAAACACCCAAGAAUUAAGGCGAAAUAAAAGGGGAUUAAUAAAUUUAAUAGGCAACGCCAUGUAUACAUUAUUCGGUGUAUGCGAUGAUAAAUGCGCAAAGAAAACUAGGGAAGCUAUAAAGCAAACAGAAGAAACCGGAGCUAAUAUUUUACAUAUAAUGAAUAGUCAAACCACAGUAGUAAAAACAGUAGUAAAAAAAUUAGGAAAUACGUUAAACCAAACUGAACAAUUAUAUAACGAAAUAACACUCAAAGAAAAAAACUACAUGAUAGAAUGCAACAAAUACAAAAUAAAACUGAUGACGUGUUAG